AGCUCAUAAAUUCUAGUCCUUUAACCAAAACAACACACCAUAUAGCUACUUCAAUUACAUUUGCAAACGAAGAAGCUAAGCUUGACAAAACCCAAAUGGCUUCUUCUUCUUCUUCUCUGAUUAGUUACACUUUCACUCUCUUCUUCAACUUAGCUCUAUUCCUCCUCCUCCUCCUCUCAACCUUAAGCAAGACCAGUACCCAAGGAAGUUUCUCUGAGGAGGUCUCGGAAGCCAUAGCUUUGAAGCGAAUGGAGAAGACAACCCACCUCCAUUUCUACUUCCACGACAUCGUUAGUGGGAAGAACCCAACAGCAGUGAAAAUUGCAGGAGCGGAAGAUGGAUCGGUGAUGGGAUUUGGGACAACUUUCAUGAUGAAUGAUCCGCUGACGGAAGGGCCAGAGAGCAACUCAAAGCUAGUGGGAAGAGCUCAAGGGAUGUAUGCAUUGGCGUCAGAGAAGAACAUACCAGAAUUGCUGAUGGUGGUGUAUUAUGAAUUCGAACAAGGGAUUUACAAUGGGAGUAGCAUAAGCAUCCUUGGGAGGAACCCAGUGUACAAUGAUGUGAGGGAGAUGCCGAUUGUUGGAGGGAGUGGGGUUUUCAGGUUUGCUCGUGGUUACGCAUUGGCACACACCAUUUGGCUCGAUGCAAAGACUGGAGAUGCCACUGUUGAAUACAAUGUUUAUGUUAUUCACUCUUAGAUGAUACUAUUAUUCACUCUUAGAUGAUACUAUUAGGCUGUGUUUGAUUAAGGGAUUUGGAAAGGAAAAUGAAAAUGAAAAAGA